AUGGAGCCGUUGGCAACGACCUUGUGUCCUCUGGAAUCCACACAAUCCACCGGAAAUGAAAGCGAAAAUGAAACCACCUGGUAUUUGGAGUAUGUGACUGAAUACACUUUUACCUCACUCACUCUGGUCAUUUGUUCCCUGGGAAUGGCUGGGAAUGGCCUUUUGAUAUGGUUCCUGAUCUUCUGUAUCAAGAGGAAGCCAUACACCAUCUACAUCCUGCAUCUCGCCGUUGCCGACUUCAUGGUCCUCCUCUGUUCAUCCAGCAUUCAGAUAGUGAAGAUUUUCGAGAUCUUCGAUUUCACCCUAAUGAGCUAUAUCAUCCUCUUCAUGAUCUUUGGCUACAACAUGGGCCUGCACCUCCUCACGGCCAUCAGUGUGGAGCGGUGCCUCUCCGUGCUUUACCCAAUCUGGUACCAUUGCCGACGCCCGAAACACCAGUCGGCUGUGGCCUGUACACUGCUGUGGGCCCUCGCUUUUCUCGUGUCUGGUUUGGAAAGCUUCUUCUGCUCUAUGCUAGGGGAUCCCCAGUUCCCAGAAUGCUUGUAUGUGUACAUAUUCUCCAGUACCUUGACUUUCCUGGUCUUCGUCCCUCUCAUGGUCUUCUCUAAUUUGAUCCUCUUCAUCCAAAUCUGCUGUAACCUGAAGCCACGUCAGCCGGCCAAACUCUAUGUGAUCAUCGUGGCUACCGUCAUCCUGUUUCUCGCCUUUGCCAUGCCCGUGAAGUUGUUGUUUCUCAUCAGCUACUGUUACUAUUCUAAUGAUGAUUCUAUAGAGGCAGCCCUCCUCUACCUAGACCUGGUGUCCAAUAUAAACUGCAGUGUCAACCCAAUUGUCUACUUUGUGGUAGGCAGUCUGAGGAGGAAGAGGAGUAGGAAGUCCAUAAAAGAAGCACUGCAGAAAGUCUUCGAGGAAAAGCCAGUGGUGGCCUCGAGGGAGAAUGUGACACACUUCUCCCUGCCUUCAUGUCCUUCUGCUAGGACAUCCCCAUCCCCAAGGAAGGAUGCCUGA